UCAGCAUGCGCCCGCGUGCGUGAACAGGAGAACUUGGCGAGAGGUCGCGCGCGUACGGCUGAGACUCGCAACAACAACUCGUCCAUGCAAAACAGCUCCGCGGUAAUCUAACCGAGUCUUAACCGCGGCUUCGCUUCUCCACAGUGGCCGUGCGUGUUUAGACGGUUAAGAAUCUCAUUUCACCGUUAAACGUCCCCCCCUUUUUUUCUUUUUUGGAUUAGAGUCAAACGCGGAAAUAUUUGGACGAAUUUUCCCUCCUGAGAAGUCGCUCUUGCUGGAGGAGAUUUUCCCCCGACGGUGGUGGAGCUCGACGACGACGCCGGCGGUGGCUGAGUGUGUGUAUGUGUGUGUGUUUUUUUUAUUUUUUCUUUUUAAUUUUUUUUGACAGAUAAGUUAAAUUUCAUUACGGCGGCUGUGUUUCAAUUCAUCUUUCGAGCGCGAGUGAAAGAGUAGAGAAGGCUGCCAAGUGUUUGAGGUGUCCUAGCUCCCGGAGCUAGCUAACUCACCGACAUGGACUGUCACGACGGUCGGCAGCGCAGAACUGACCCACUGCUGAGAGCUAGCUAGGCAAAUUAGCUAGCCAACUUUAGUCUGCUUAGCCGGCGAGCUACAUUCUAGCUAAAGGAGAGAUUAUAGAGAGAUAUUUGUGGCGGCGACAUUUUAGCUAAGUUACUAGCUAAGUUACGAGGACGCAAUGCCCGUCAGUCACAGAGCAAGCUGGCUAAUAUUAACACCGCACCAGCGCGAGACUGGAGAGCUAGCCAGCUAGCUAGACGGAUCGAUUAAGUUGCCGAAGCUAACGAACUUAACGCUGCGUGCAGGGAGUCAGCGUCAACAGCGAGCAGAAGCUGUGUGGAAAUCAUGUACUGUCCGUCCACACUGGUGUGCCAAGACUCCGGUGUUGGACUGUUUGAUCCUCGCGAAUGAACUCGGAUACUCGCCUGGGGAAAAGAGGAGGCAUAUAAUCAGCUGGGAGCAGUGGGAGCUGUGGGCCCUGUGUGACUGCUGGGGUGGAAACAUGACCGUGUGCGGCCGGCUCUGGGUCCUGACUCUGGGGCUUUACGCCGUGCUUCUCCUCAGUCCUGUCGCAGCUGCCCAGAGUGAGGAGAGGGAAUGUGCGUUUACUGACCAGCACCAGCAGUUUGAUGAGCAGAGUGUGGCUGGUGAUUGGCAUGUGUCACGGGAGAACAACACCAUCCUGUGCAGCAAGAGCAGCCGCUGCUACGGUCUCUGGGAGAAAACCCAUGAUGGUGACAUUCGCCUGGUCAAACAAGGCUGCUGGACUUACAUUGGCGACCAGCAGGAUUGCCAUGACGACCGUUGCGUGGUGACCAACACGCCGUCACAGAUCCAGAAUGGCACAUACCGUUUCUGCUGCUGCAGCACAAACAUGUGCAACGUGAACUUCACUGAAAACUGGGUGUCCAGUUCCACCAGUGCCACCAUACUGGACCCACGGCCUCUACACCGUGAGGAUGCCAUUUUCAUCACCCUGGCAUCUGUCUCGGUCGUAGCCGUGCUCAUCGUGGCAGUCUUCUUUGGCUACCGCAUGCUGACAGGAGACCGUAAACAGGGUCUGCACAAUAUGGACAUGAUGGAAGCAGCAGCAUCUGAGCCAUCAGUCGAUUUAGACAGUCUGAAGCUGCUGGAGCUGAUUGGCCGUGGCCGCUAUGGCUCGGUUUACAAAGGCUCUCUGGAUGAGCGUCCAGUGGCGGUAAAAGUCUUCAGCUAUGCGAAUCGUCAGAACUUUGUCAACGAGCGAGCCAUUUACCGAAUCCCGCUGUUAGAGCACGACAACAUAGCACGCUUCAUUGUAGGAGAUGAGCGUCUGACAACAGACAGCCGUAUGGAGUACCUGCUGGUGAUGGAAUAUUAUCCACAUGGCUCUCUGUGUCGGUACCUGAGUCUGCAUGCCCUAGACUGGGUGAGCUGCUGCCGUCUCGCCCAUUCGGUCACCAGAGGACUGGCCUACCUACACACCGAGCUGCUAAGAGGAGAUUCCUAUAAACCUGCGGUCUCACACCGGGACCUGAACAGCAGAAACGUUCUGGUCAAGAACGACGGCACGUGUGUGAUCAGUGAUUUCGGUUUGUCCAUGAAACUGACAGGAAACCGUCUUGUCCGGCCCGGAGAGGAGGAGAAUGCUGCUAUCAGUGAGGUGGGUACGAUCCGCUACAUGGCCCCGGAGGUGCUGGAAGGAGCCGUGAACCUGAGGGACUGCGAGUCUGCUCUAAAGCAGGUGGAUAUGUAUGCCAUUGGCUUGAUAUACUGGGAGACCUUCAUGCGCUGUACAGACCUUUUCCCAGGAGAGACUGUACCAGAGUACCAGAUGGCUUUUCAGGCAGAGGUAGGAAACCACCCAUCCUUCGAGGACAUGCAGGUUCUGGUGUCCCGAGAGAAACAGAGGCCAAAGUUCCCCGAAGCAUGGAAAGAGAAUAGUCUGGCGGUUCGUUCACUGAAGGAAACGAUGGAGGACUGUUGGGAUCAGGAUGCAGAGGCUCGUUUAACGGCUCAGUGUGCAGAGGAGCGCAUGGCAGAGCUGCUCCUUAUCUGGGACAGGAACAAGUCAGUCAGCCCCACUGUCAACCCAAUGAGCACAGCCCUUCAGAAUGAGAGGAACCUCACCCACAGUCGCAGGGUUCCAAAGAUGGGGCCUUACCCAGACUACUCCUCCUCCUCCUACAUUGAGGACCACGAUGGCAUGGUGAAGAACCUUCCUGGAGACAUGUCCACCUCAGGCACAUCCUCAGUGAGUGGCAUUGGUUUGAGUGGCCCUGGCACUGGGGGCACAGGAGAAAAGAACAGGAACUCCAUAAACUACGAGAGACAGCAAGCCCAAGCACAGGCACGUCUCCCAAGCCCUGAGACCAGUGGAGCCAGUCUAUCCAUGAGCACCACCACCACAACAGCAGGCCUCACCCCCAGCACAGUCAUGUCCACCAUCUCUGAAUCAGCCCCAUCAGAGGAGGCUGGAGCAGGCCCAAGCGUGCCUGUCUGCCUGCAACUCACCCAGGAAGAUUUGGAGACCACCAAGCUGGACCCCAAGGAGGUGGACAAGAACCUGAAGGAGAGCUCUGAUGAGAAUUUGAUGGAGCAUUCUCAAAAGCAGUUCAGCGCUCCUGACCCACUCAGCACAGGCAGCUCCAGCCUGCUCUACCCGUUUAUAAAGUUAGCAGCCGAGGUGAGCGCAGGGGCCGGAGGUGGGCAUCAGACUGAAUUUGGAGCAGGUAGUGGCGCCACACUCGAUGCCCCACCCACCAUGUUUCCCCUUCCAAAACAACAGAAUCUCCCCAAGAGGCCCACCAGCCUGGCUCUUGGCUCCAAAAAUCCCAGCAAGGAGUCUUCAUCCUCCCGGCUCAAGUUUGGCAGACACAAGUCCAACCUGAAACAGGUGGAGACAGGUGUGGCUAAGAUGAAUGUGGUGGCGGCAGCAGAGCCUCAUCCAGUCACGAUAACCAAUAAUGGGCCAGGAGUGAGAAGUGGAGCUGGGGUGCACCUGCUAAAUGGCUAUGCAGGCGGUACCAGUAGUGCCAGCACUUCCUUCGGGAACACAAACCCAGCCGGGCCACAGGGUGAGGGAGGUGGCCUGCCUUUGCUCCAGAGCCAGCUAAGUGGGGAUGACAUCCGGCUCAACAUCAACAUCAACUCCAGCCCUGAUGAGCACGAGCCCCUACUGCGCCGAGACCACACAGGCCGCACCAACUCCAACAACAACAACAGCAACAUCCACACUGCAGUUUGUGCUGCGCCAUGCACAACAAGUGCAAUACCUGCAGAACCUGCUCCACCAGAGCUGCAGUUACUGCAAGUGAAGGAGGAAGCCCCUCUGAGGCAGGACAAGCCCAGGAGACCAGAGAGACCCAACUCCCUGGACCUGUCUACCCAUGCACAGGACUCUUCUAUGUCAGGUGAGAGCUUCUCUCAGGAGGGAAAAGCUGCAUCAGCUGAGAAGAUAAAGAGACGUGUGAAGACGCCUUAUUCGUUGAAGCGGUGGCGCCCCUCCACGUGGGUCAUCUCUACGGAUACGUUGGAUGGAGAGGUCAACAACAACGGGGCAGGUGGAGGGCAGGGUGCAGCAGGCGCUACUCGCUCUAAAUCCAGCACUGCUGUGUUCCUGGUCGGAGGGGGAACUGCCACGGCAACUCUCUCCUCUGACCCAACCUGCCUAUAAACUUUUACCCUGCUGAGAAACGGCCACAAGCAGCUUAUUGAUACUGGAGGGUUUGGCAGCAUGUUAUAGGAGGAAGAGAAAACAGUUUUCUAAGAUACGAUUUGCAAGCACUUAACAUCGUGGUAUUUCUUGAAAUUCUCUGACCUUUUAUUAUUUUUUUUUUGUUUUUCUGAAGUAAUUGCUUUAAACCGAACCCAGCUAUGCAGCAUCAUUGGCUUAAAAUGCUUCCAUUAGUUAUGUUGUCCUGUUGUAAAUCAAAGUAUGAUUGUGUGUCUGGUUGUCUGAUAAUUACUUUCUUGUAUUUGUUGCACUUUUUUUUAUAAUCAUGAUCUUAAUCUCAUAGUUAUGUCUGAUUUCUUGGACCUUGUUUAAAUCUGGUCUUAAAACUUAAAAAAAAAAAAAAAUGGGGAAAAAAAAUGACAAUUUAUUGAUUUAACAAUCAUGCUAGAAUGCUCAUAUGGACAUAAAUGAAAUUAAGUCCAUAUAAAAGUUGAUAGAAAACGCAGUGGUCUCUAAGAUCUUUGACUGCAAUAGCAUCUGUUAUGUUUUAUGCAUAGUACAUUCAAGCAUUUGUUGUAUGUAAUAUAUACAUGUAUCCCCCAUUUUUGUAUUACAUUCUGAAAUGUGCAAUAGGCUUUAGCUUUGAGGUGCUCUUCAAUACUUUUAAUUUUGUCCUAUGUUUUGCAGCGUUUUCCAUUUUUAUUAACAUAAUAUUGUAAACUAAAUGGUGCACUUAUCUUUUUAACCACCACUGUCUGCAGUUAAGAAACAUCUUAUGGAUGACAAUCCCUUCUUAUCAAUCCCAACAAUCCUGAGAGGGAAAGGUAAAAUGAUUUUCGGGCGUGUGUGUGUAUGUUUUUCUCCCCUGUUGGAGGUGCACAACAACAGAGGACAGUUGAAAAGAUGCAAGCGUGAAGGAUGGAGGAUUUUCAAUUCUGUUACAAUCUGAAUCAAUCUCAGUCUGAUCUCUGGAAUAAUGUUCUCCCUUUUCAGCAGACACAGAAGUACAUACUUCACUCUUUUAUUUGUUUUGAAAAGACGUGGACCUGGUUUCUGCAAGUGUGGAUCUACAUGAGUGUGUCUACAUUAUUAGUCUGAUGCAUUACUCUGCAUAAGGAUCUGUGUGAGAGCACUAGAUCAGAUGUGACCUAUGACUUGAUACUUCUGCAGAGGACUUGUAUGAGGAAAUGGACAAAUGGCUUAGGUUAGGUGUUGCUCUCUGCAUUCCAGUCAAAACCACGGACACCAAGUAUGUACUUCAAAUGUAAUUUAUAUCUAAUGUUACACUACAUAGAGCUGGAACUAAAUGUGUACAUUAUUGUGUGUAUUACAGCUACUUCAGUUCUUUUUAAACCUCUGUUUAUGAAAGCUGUACUGAAAUGACAAAUAUGGUCAAUUAUGGUCAUGAUCAUGUCUCAGAUAUCAGAGUAAUCUUGAACUGAUGGCUAGCUUUCAUUUCAUUAUGCAUACAAUCAUACUGUAAGAGGGAAGCUGAGUCUAGAUCAAUGAUACAUAUGCACAUGAUGAUGCAUAUACACAGCUGUUACUUCAGAAUCGAGUUUUUAUGUGGUUUUAUUUCCCUUUUUUAACAGUGCCAAGGGCCAAACCUCAAGGCUGUAUGUCCAGAUACUUUUUUAAAUGUUCUAUUAUAUUAUUCUAAUGAAUAUCAUGAUAUAUUGCGUCCCUUUUGAGUUUGUUGGUAGUUUAAGGGUUGCACUGUCAUCCAUCCCUGUGCUUCAGUGUCAUUCAUGUGUAUGAGCAGUUUGAACAAAUGUUGCCAGAUAAUCCUGGCAAACUACACAAAAUUUCAGUGCCACUACACUUACCCUUAUUAAUAAUUGCUGUAUGUAAAACAUUGCAUCACACAAUUUAUUGAACUCGUCUUCAUUUUAAAUAUACAGUUGAGGAGUUUACCUUUUUUUUUUUUUUUUUCCUUCGCCCACAAUUACUGAUGCAUUUUGCAGGCUCAGACAUGAGCCAUUCAAAUAAUUACAUAGUGAUGCUCCGUUAUGGGAAAACCUCUCAUACUGCAAAGCAAAACUCGCCCUUAUAGAGACUGACUUAAAAUGCACAACUAGCUAAAUGUAUGCUGUGUGAAUUUUCAGUUAUGCUCUUAAGUGAAGAAUGUGCCACUUAUCUCAUGCCAGUUUAAUCACUGGACUAUGCGUUUUCUGAACUGGACUGUGCAACAGAAACAUUCACUGACAAAUUUAUUAUUCACAAAAAGUAUCUCUUUCACUUCCUCUGUCCCAGUUGAUGAAGCUGAAAUCUUAGUUUUGUAUGUAUGUAAAAUAGGUUCACCAAUGUGGUGUAAAUAUAUCUGUAUAGCGUGCUUUUGCUUGCACAUAUACAGAAUGCUCAACUGUUGCUGUGGGACCAAGAACAAUGUUGUAACACUGUGAUAUUUAUCUCUGGAUAAAAUAGCACAGUUAUUUCAGACAGAUAUUACUAAGUUUAUGUACAUGCCAUUUCCUUCUCAAGCCAAACAGAAGCAAUUACCCCUGUAGAAAGGCAAAUAAGUGACUUAUUUUAUUCCUAGGCCCUUAGUUCUCAAUUACUGAAAUGAUGACCUUAAACUAUAUUUAGCCUGCAGGAUUAGUGAUGCAGAAUGUGUUUGCGUCAAACUUCUGGUCUUCUUAUUGAAUUAUGUCACUGCUUUUUACAGCAUGUUGCUAAAUGAUUAACAUUUACAGGUGCCCAUGUGCAAUGCUGAUUAGACUCAAAACCUGUGUGUGUUUUGUACUCAUUAAAUUUAGUGCUUUUAAAAAAAAAAAAAAUUCAGUUAGCCCAGGUCACCUUAGAACAUGAUCUCGUUUUUCGUUAUUCGUGAUUUCAUUAAUUGCCAGCCUUUACACCCUGUGUUGUACUCUAGAGCAGUAAAAACAAACCCGGUUCAUGGAGAUGUUCCUUCUUAAAGAAUUCUGUUCCAACCUUAAUCCAGCUGAGCUGAUCCGGCUAAUCAAGUAAACUGAUUACAUGGUGCACUUGUGCUGGAUUAGGGCUGUAACUGAAGAAGGUGUGAUGUUUAGAAAGAGGGUUAAUGAUUACUUCUCUAGAGGAAACAUGGCAGCUUUGGCAAUGAGAUUGUCACAUUCAAACUGUUCAUUUCUAAAAAUUUAAAGUAAACACAGGCAAUGUGUAUUUUAUAACAAACCAUGUCAUCAUCUGAACUGUUCCCAUUUAUACCACAUGAAUAUUAACCACAGUGGAAGUCUAAUCAAGCAUUUUUAUAUUGAUUUUUUCAUCUCCAAAAUCACUGAAAGCAAAAAGAAAAUGUGCUGUUUCAUUAGUCCCAACAACCACUGCAGCUCUUCAAAUUCAGGCAUGCAAAAAUUUAGCAGUGUGUCAUCUUAUUAUCAUCAAGAAACUAGAAUUACAGAUUUUCUUUGUGUAUGUAUAAGAGAGAAUGGAAAGUAUUUGUUCAUGAUGGGCUGCUGUUUUGUUUUGUUUUGUUUCCUUUUUCAGUCAUCGAAUUCAUACCGAUGCUAAUGGCUCCACUGAGAUCCGUGGCUGAGAUUAUUGCAACAAAAAAAAGCCACUGAAAUGUUUUCUAUUGCAGCUUGUAAAGUAAGCGCUUUGAGAAAAGAACAAAUAACUACUCAGUUUAGUCUACUCAAAAAGAUAUAUGUUUUAAUGCCAUUUAGAAAUAAAGCUUGCUGUACAACCCUGCAUUACUCAGUUGAUUAAAGACUAUAUUAAAGAA